GUGGCACUGUUCCCCCUGCCCUGAACACCAGCAGAGACCUUGAGCCAUCUGUGUUUGGGCUCUGCAAGUGGCUGGGAGGCUGCAGAGCUGCCCUGGGGAUGAGCUGAGCUGGAGCACAGCUGCAUUUGCUCUUCUGCAUCCCAUGCCAGAGGUGGGGACAGCCAAGCCCAGCACCAUCUCCUGCCUGGGCAGCUGCUGCUGUCGAGCAUCUCCCAAGCCUCAGCGUGGUUGUGCUAUUUAUUAAUCUGUGAUUAUUUUCUAAUUGUCUCCCCAGUCCCUCACUGACAUGUCCACAAUGCCCUGAGGUGAGGAGUGUUGCAGGGUGCUGUGCCAGACCCAUCUCCCUGCACCUCAGCACUGAUCCAUACUUGUUUGAGCAGUGCCACCUUCAUUUUGCAUAGACUGUGGUUGGGUCAUCCUCAUUCCUUCCAGGUUAUCUACCACAGACCUUCAGAGCACAUGGAAAUGGGGAUUGCAGUGAAUCAGUCCAGGAGGAGCUGCCCCAUCCCAGGCCCUGCCUCUCCUGUCCCUGUGUUCCCACCACACAUCCAUGUGGAUGCUCUGAGCAUCACAGAGUUUUGCUGUCACACAUGAGGCAGGACUGGAUGGAUUUGUGCUGGUUCUUGGUGCUGAGGCAGAGCAGGCAGCUCUGUACUGCCCCACAGCACUCUAGGCUGUGAUUUUAACUAUCUGAGAAAAAAAAUGAUGUAAUAGUAUUUUUUUUGUGAUGCUGGUGCCCUAUGGAAUGAUGGUACCAAAGCUGCCUGGGUGUUACAUGCUCCAAACCAGGCCUUGGGCUUGCUGUGCCAAACCACCGAGCAGCCAAUGUCUGAAUCCCAGGUGAAAAGCAGCAGGUUUGGCCAUUCUCUCACAGGGACUGAGCUCUGUGGGACCACUGGCCCUGCCCACGGCCUCUGCCCAGGUGCUGCUUUGGGGAUCCCUCAUUUGCUGAGGAAACAAACAGAAAUGUGCCCUUUGCACUUCACCUGGGCCGUUGUGGUUGUUCCAGUGCCCUGCCCGUGGUGACUCACACUGACAGUUCACCUGCACAGCAAAGCCAGGCUUAUUGCCCACUCCACAAUGCAAGAAGAAGGAAACCAACAACAUGGGAUACCACAGAAGAGGACACUGACACAGCAGAUGAAGAACUGGCUUAGCUGCAACUCAAGUCUUCAACUGAUUAAAAGAAAAAGAGAGAGGCCUCUCCUGUCCUGUGAGACCUUUGAGCACCAAAAAGAGGCUCCAAAAGGGCUGGAGAGGGGCUUGGCACAAGGGCCUUGAAUGACAGGACAAGGGGGAAUGGCUUCACACUGUGACAUGGCAGGGUUAGAUUGGCUAUUGGGAAGAAAAUAUUCCAUGUGAGGGUCAGGAUGCUUUGGUACAGGUUGCCCAAAGAAAUUGUGUCUGCCCCAUUCCUGAAAGUGCCCAGGGUCUGGCUGGAUGGGACGUGGAGCAAGCUGGUCCAGUGGAAGGUGUUCCUGCCUAUGACAGGUGAUUGGAAAGAGAGGAUCUUUGAGGUUCCUUCCAACCCAAGCCAUUCCAUGACUUCAUGACUUCAUGAGUCUGUGACCCACCAGCUCCCAAGGGUGGGGUGUGCUGCCUGGCAACGGGAGCUGUGAUGAAGAGGGGCAUGAGCAGGGCAAGCUCCAGUCCUGCAAGGGAUGAGGAAGGAGGAAGGAGCCUGCUGGCUGCUCAUUCUUUUUUCCAUCCCUUUUGCUCACCCCCUUCGUUAUGCCUUUUGCUCAUCCCUGACUGACCCAACUGGGCAAGAAGGCUUCUGACCAACCAGGGACCGAGUGUGUGCAGACAUGGAAACAUCCCUGGACACGCUCAGCCUCUCCCAGCUCCUGGAUCUCUCCAUCGGGGCACCCGAGAAAGGGGCUGUUCAAUUUGCAGCCUUGAGAAAACUGCUGCAGGUCAUGCUGGAGCACCUGAACGUGCAGUACCUGACCACCGAGGAGCCGUGGCCGGGCCAGCUGAGUGGCCCCUCACUCGCUGAUGUAGCUACUGAAGUGAAAGAAAUUAAGAAGGAGAUGGAAGUCGACAAGGAACACAUGUCCAAGGUUCUUGAGGAUGCUGAUGGAACCACAAGUGCGUCAAAGGGCUUAAGAAAGUCCUCUAGGUCAGAGAACUUGAAGAAGAAGAAGAAGGGACAGUCUGGCAUGACAAAGGAAAAGAAGAUCCAGGAGGCGCAGGAUGAGGACACGAAUCUCUCCCCGGAUCUCCGUGAGGAGGUUCAAAGGAUACAGACAGCACAGACCCGCAUGGCACAGACGAUGAAGGAGUUGGCUGCCUCGAUGAAGAAGCUGGAGGAGGACAUUAAAAAGCUUAGGCAGGAUACAGCCCAGUGGAGAGAAGAGACCAGUGAAGAGCUCUCUCAGAAAAUGGAGGCUGUGCUGCAGGAGACAAAGCGGGAGCUGCAGAAGAUGGAAGAGCAGGAGGAGAUGAGGAGUGCCAUGCUGGAGCAGCUGCUGACAGUGACCCAGAUGGCUGGAACAGAGGAGACAGUGGGGAGCGUGGAGGAGGAGCAGAAGGCAAAGGGGGAGUGCUCCAGCUGCUCUGUCGACAUCAAUGAGCAGUUGGGGGAGCUCCUCCUGCGCUGUGAGAAACUCCAGGAGCAGGUGGACUCCCUGGAGUCUCGGCAGGUGGCCAUGGGCAAGCUUGAAAGGAUGAUGAGGAACUGGGGCCAGGAUCAAGAGAUGAUGCAGCCCAAGGAUGCCACAGUUAUGCAGAUGCAAAGGGACUAUGAGAAGCUCAGCUUCAUCGCAGAGAGUCUCCAGAAGGACUCUCAAGAAAAGCAGCAGGCAAUUGAGAUGCUGUUCCAGUCUCUGGAGAAGCUGCAGAAAGAGAAAGCAGAUGAACAGGAAAUGUUGGCAGCCAUGGACACGAAGGCCAACAAAGCUGCCUUGGGCAGCAAAGUCAACUGCAGCCAGUUUGAUGCAAAUAUGGAGCGGCUGAAUGAGAGGAUGCAGGAGCUACAGAGCCAGAUUUCAGGCCAGGAGGAGCACUGGAACAAGAUGCAGCAGCAGUUCAGCGAUGCAAUGGAAGAGAAGCUGGAUCGCUUGGAGCUGAAGGCUUUCAGUAGCCAGAUAGAAGAGACCUGGAAUAGGAACAUUGAGGAACUUGAGACAAAGUGGAUGCGUGAAAGUGCCGCUGGGUUUAAAAAGCAGCUGCCAGUCCCUUUCAUGUGCCUGUCCUGUGACCGCAUGCUCACCAUGCACGUUCCUGGCCAGAAGCCCGAGACACUCCCAUAUUUGCAGCCACUGUUCCCCAGCAAGGAGCCACAGUACAGCCAAAGGGGGCUGGCGGUCCAUGGCAGUGUCCUCCGUAUGCCACAGUGCUGUGGGGACUAUCGAAGCUGCAGCUCUGUGAUGCAGCAGAUCAAAGCUUCCCUACAGAGAAGCGGGCAGCCACAGACCUUCUCAACAGUCCAGAAAAAGCCUGAAGUGACCCCGCUGCAGGACAGUAGUGGACAGACCUUGAAGGGCCAUGAUGACCAGGUUCCUGCAGUGAUCAGGACACAAUCAGGCCCUGCCACCUCACGGGAGCACCGGCCAGGCACAGCCCUCCGACACAUCUCCUGGGCACCAGGGCUUGUCCAGCCACUCCAGCCCCGCCGGCCAUCCACAGCCCCCAUCCAGGUGGACAUGACCCAUCGCCCGGUGCUCGAUCUGGCACAUCUUGUCAGAAGUGAGAAAAGAGUGUGACAACGGUUAUCAGAAACAUGACACUUCAGUUGUAUUAAGUUAAUAAAAAGCCUUAAAAUUA